GAUCACAUCCUCGCGAUGCAGCUGCCAGCGAGUCACAGAGCGAACAGCACCGCUUCACAGUAACUCAAAUCUGCGACAUUUGCACCAGCUUCUCGGGAGCUACAGCGUCGCGACACACGAAAACGCUUCAUAAACGCUUAUAAAAACGCAGGUUCUUCCAGUCGCCCGUCACUAUGGAAUGCGGUUUGACUUAAAUUCCUCCCCCUCUCCUCUUCUUGGUGGGCUCGCGCAUUUUCUCUCGGUUUUUUGUUUUGGGUCUGAGGCUUUAGUCACUGAAACCGAGCGCGAUGUGGGCCAGGAACGACUUCGAGGACGGUUUCGACGCUUAUAAGAUUGGUUCGAGCACGUCCUCUCCUGGAUGGGUCCCAGGCUGCGACUCGGCAUGGCAAGCUUCCUCUUCUGCCACUGGCAUUAGCAGCCGCGGGCGCCGUCAUAGUGCCGCCUCAGACAGUGGUGACACUGGCAUCGGGACCUCAUGUUCUGACAGUGUAGAAGAUCACUCCAGCUCCAGUGGGACGUUGUCCUUUCUCCCUCUGCGUCCCCACGGCCCGAUCCCGACGGCCCACGUCAUGCCCUCUCCAUCCAACUCCAAACUCAGCGCCCCCUCGGCCCCCAGCAGCCCCUGGAGCAGCAGCUGCCAGCUCCCCUCGCCCCUCGACAUCCCCCUGGACAUGAAGGAUCCCCGUCCCGUGCGCCGAUGGUCCUCCCUCACUCGCCUCACCGCCCAAGAAAAGCCCACUCCAUCAAGCCGUCCGUCCCACCGCACGGACCCUCACGGAUCCCUAGAUCGAGGCGUGCUUUACGGAUACCGGCACGACCCCCAAUACUCUGAUGGAUUUAUUUCCGAAAACUUGCUUAAACUUUCUACCAAUAAGUAUGAACUGGGUAGCAGCAACACUUUAGGUAAAUCGGACUCAUGUUGUUCAUCUCCGCUGAAGCCAAGUACACUAGACCUCAGUUUUAGUGCCUUACCGGAGAGUAAGACGCCACCGGUGGGACUGGCAACGCCAGGACAAAGAGGGUCGUCUUCACUCAGGCAGCAGGCGGUCGGUGGGUCGCCCAUCCAGCCAGCGGUCAGGACUCAGAUGUGGCUGAGCGAGCAGAUGGAGUACCGGCCGGGACCUGACGGGUGUGGAUCGUGGCAGCAGGAACAGCAGCAGCAGAGGGAGAGACUCAGACAGGACGCUGAACAGAUGCUGAGUGGAGCUUCACUGCCAGUCAACACUCUGGUCAAGAUUAAAGAGGGACUCCUGAGACAGAGAGAACUGGAGAUCGACCGGCAAAAGCAGCAGAUCCUUCAGCUUCAUGCCAGAAUCAGGGAAAACGAGAUAAGGGCACAACAAGUCCUCCAGAACCAGAGAGGGCGCUAUGAGGACUCGUAUCUGCUCAAAGCAAAGGACUCUCCAUAUGACAGUCCAGUGUGUGGCCAGAGCCCGAAGUCUCAUCUGCCGGAUCGUGUGAGUCCUCUGUGCUGUGAAAACGGAGAGCUGGGCCGAAAAUUAGCCUCAUCAGAGCUGGAGGUCAUUCACCUCAGCGAAUUUCUCAAACAAAACACACAGAAAUACACAGAAGACAUCAAGAAACUGGAGGAGAAGAUGAAAACACGUGACCGCUACAUCAGCAGUCUGAAGAAGAAAUGUCAGCGUGAACAGGAGCAGAAUAAAGAGAAGCAGCAGCGCAUUGAGACGCUGGAGAAAUAUCUGGCAGAUCUGCCCUCGCUGGAUGAGGUCCAGUCACAAGCUCAACAGUUGCAGGACGUACAGGAGAAGCAGCAGACGCUGGAGGAAAGCGUCUCUCAGCUGCAGAAAAGCCUGGAGGAGAAGCACAGCCUGCUGCUGGAGAAAGAUGCCCUCAUCGAGACUCAAUCCAAGAGGGAGAAAGAGCUGGUGGCUACUGUCCAGAGUCUUCAAGAGAAGGUGGAGAAGUGUUUGGAGGAUGGAGUUCGGCUGCCCAUGCUGGAUCUGAAGCAGCUGGAGAGAGAAAACACUCGCCUGUUGGAACAACAGAGCCACAACAGCCUGCUGAUUGACAGUCAGAAGCAGCAGAUUGACAAGCUCACUCUGGAGAUGUCGGCUCUGGAGAAGAAGCUUCAGCGGGAGAGAGGGAUCACACAGGAGCUCCGCAAGCAGCUGUUGGAGCGCGAGGAGGAAUUGGACACGCUCUCCACCACUCUUAAACAGAAGCACAGACGAGCAGUGGAGGAGACGGCGCCGGUGGCCCCAGGGACGAGUGUGAAGGACGCAGGACCCCUGAUGAAGGAGAUGUCCCUGUGUCUGCUGGAUCUGAAGGGCUUGUGCAGUGUCCUCACUCAGAGAGCUCAAGGCAAAGAGCCCAACCUCGCUCUGCUGCUCGGCAUCAAAUCGAUGAGCUGCUCAGCGGAGGAGAGCGAGAAGCCUCUGCUGGAGGACGGUUUGCGGGCCAAGCUGGUGGAGGUUUGCCAACUGAGGAAAGACAUCGAUGAGCUGCGGACACUCAUCUCAGACCGAUACGCACAGGACAUGGGCGAAAACUGUGUGACUCAAUGAUGUCCAGCGCUCCAAAAGGGAAAAAAAAAAAAAAAAAAAUCACACCAACUUGAUGGAAACUAAAAGUCUCUCUGACUGCUGAAGGUUGAACCAAGCUGUGAAUCCAGUUUACAAGGAUGUCUUUACAAAGAGUUUGUGUUUUGUUUUUGAAUCUUCAAGGAGUUUGAAUGAAUGUUGAGUGUUUUUACUAUUUAUUCAGACUGUGUUGGUUCCUGUCAGUCGUUUUUAAGGGAAAGAAGAGCGACUGGUGUCUUCAAGUGCCUUGUGUUCCUGUCCAAACUUCAUGAAGUCAUUUUUACCCCUACAAAAAAAAAAAAGAAGCUGACUGAUUCGCUAGACGUCGCAGGUCGACGUUCAGGAGCAUCUAGAUGGGAAAACCAUCAACUGAAGAGUCCUCCAUAAGCAUCAUCAUAAGAGUUGUGUCUGAAGUGUCAUUUGAGUGGCUGAGCUUCCAUUAAAACAAGCAUCAAGUAUGUUAUUUAAAGGGGCUGUAUGUAGAAUUAACAAAGACUGGUGGCCAUUAAGUGAACUGCAGCCAGUUUGAAUAUCCAUAACCAAUCGACAACAAUAUAUCUUGUAUAUUAAAUAAUAAUUGAAUAAUAUACAUUUUUGGGGACUUUGCUUACAAUCUUCAAGGACUAUGGCAAUUGAGGAUCCCAAUAAUACUGAUAUAUAGGCCAAUAAACACAUAGGAAAUUACUCAACCAAUAAAUUCAGAACUUUUUGUGAUAGUUAAACAUACAAACAGCUUGUUUUAGCAAUACCGUUGGCCAUUAAGUGAACUGCAGCCAGGAACUUAUUGUUUGCGUUUCUGUAAUCGACAACAAUGUAUAUUAUACGAUAUAAUAAUAAUUAAUAAUAUAAUACACAUAUUAGGGGGAACUUUUAAUAUGCUAAUAAUCUUCAAAGAUUAUAGGAAUUUUGGGAAUACCAAUAAUACAAAUAAAUAGGCCAAUAAAUACAUAGAAAAUUACUCCACUAUCAGAACUAAUUAUUAAUUUAUUGUUAAAACAUACAAACAAAAGGGAAAUUACUCAACUAUCAGAAAGUAUUGAUUUAUUGGUUGGAGAAAGAGAAAAAACAGCUGAUCUGGAAUUUUUGGGAAUAACAAUACUACAUAAUUUAUUGUUAAAACAUACAAACAAAAAGGAAAUUACUCAACUAUCAGAGCUUAAUUUAUUGGAAAGAGGGAAAAAAAACAGCAGCUCUGGAAUUUUUGGGGAUAAACAUAUCAUUUCCUCCACAUUUAGAAACUAAUAUAUAGGCUAAUAUAUGCAUAGAAAAUGACUCAACUAUCACAAACAAUUAGUAAUUUAUAGGUUAAACAUACAAACACAAGGGAAAUUACUCAACUAUCAGAAUUAUUUAUUCGUUGGAGAUAAAAAAAAAAAAAAAACAGCCAAUCUGGAAUUUUGGGCAUAAUACCAAUAUCUCCACAUUUAGAAACCGAUAAAUAGACCAAUACCUGCAUAGAAAAUUACUCGAUCAUCACAAAUAAUAUGGAAUUUAUUGUUAAAACAAACAAACAAAAUUACUCAACUAUAAGAACUAAUUGUUCAUUUAUUGGUUGAAGAUAAGAAAAAAUUUUCCUCUCUGAAAUCAAUAAAUGCAAUAAAUGAAAUCUGAAGUCAAUAAAUGCAUAGGAAAUUACUCAAAUCAUAAAUAAUUCUUAAUUUUAGUUUUGUUUUUUUUCUCAAAUUUAGUUCGUACCUUUAAUAAACACUUGUCUACCGAUAUAGCGGCCAAUAUACAUUGACUAUCCAAGAUAUGGGUUAGUGAGUCUAAAAUUACAGCAAAUUUUGCUGAACCGGUGUAAAAAUCCAUAGUUUAUUAUAUUCUAAUAAGUCCCAUCACCGUAAAUUUAAUAAAAAAUUUAAAAAAAGCUUUUAUUAGUCAAUAAAACAUCAUGGAUGCCCUGAGGGAAAAUAAAGGGUCAUUUUGAAUGAACUAUCCCUUUAAGUUGUUUCAAGCUGCCGUUAUACAGUACAUUGCAAGAAACUAAAAUAAAUAAAGAGAUGAAUACAUAAUAAUUCAUCCAUACAGCCUCUUUAAUAACAAACAACGGCAGAGGAAUCCAGGUCAAUCUAUUCAGGACACCGUUUGACCUUUUAGUUUGAAUAAAUAUGAGCUGCUUUUUUUUUGCAGAACAAGUUGCACACGUUAACCUCCAAAGUCAGACAGGAAACGGAAUGUUCUGCACUUCCUGAAAGCGCUUACGACAUUUUAUAUACUCCAUAUAACACACAUAUUCCUUACUAGAAUUAGGAAAACGAGCUAAAUCAAUGCAAAACUUGUUCACUCAGGGAUUUUUAGUGUCUUUUAUUCGUUGUGGUCGUAGGGACUAGACUAUAUUAAGCGUCAUUCAGACCCUGAGCUUAAACUGUUUUGGUUUUGUUGUAGUUCAGAGAUGCGGUCAUGUCAAACUUUGCACCAGUGACGAAUGUUUCAAACUAUUUAAAGUACAAACAUCUAUAUUCUGCUUCUAUAUCGUAACUAUUUAAACUAUAUUAAGCUUGUCAUAAUAUCUGGUGCAUGUGCAUAGAGUUUGCUUUAUUUUCUUUGAAUUUAACGAAGAUAAUUACAUUAGACGUAAACAGAGCUAUGCAACCUCACGUUAACCAGCAUUUCUGCAGAUACUUCAUGUUAUUUUGUGCCUUUAUGAAUCUAUGCAGCAGAAGCUGAAGGGAGUUUGGUUUUUCUAAAUAACUGGUGGAGAAGAUGCCGGCGAACGAAGCCAUAUUCACAAAGCAAUGCAUAUUUAUUCUCAGGCAGAGAGAUGUGCGUUUAUGUAUGUGGUGCUCGUCAUUACAUCCAUCUGACAGACAGCAUGCUGAAUUGUGUGUAUAUAUGCAGGAGUAUAUAAGCAUGGAUUGACAUGACCGAGUCGCUGCGCUUUAAAGCCACUGGUUGGCUCAAGUGUUUCUCUUUUAAAGCUUUUAAGUUUCCAGCUAGAUUUUACAAAUGCCAAAGGUCUAUUUAUGUACAAUGGGGUUUUCUCAAAAGUAUUAACUAUUUUUCCAUUUUGUAAAAUGCUUUUCAUUUGUACAGAUGUUAAAUAAAGUAUUUUUCUACA